UAAGUGGUUUAUUUUCAAAACAGAAUAUUAUCUUUUAUUUCAGUGACUUUUUAUCAUAAAUAUUUUCUGUAACUGCAGUUUCAUGAUUCAGCAUUUCUCAUGUAAAUAACUUACAAUAAUAAAGAAACAUGAGAUUUCAGUGAGGCAAAGGAAAACUUUGGUUUACAAUGAAAGGACAGUUCACCACUAUUCAUUUUAUCCUCUUUAUUAAUAGAGAAAUAAAAACAGAAUCCAGAUUAAUUAUCAUAAAUAUAUUUUUAUGAAAAAGCUGUUUUGUUCAUUAGAUUAAUAGCAUACAUUUUAUCUCAGCUGUUCGUAAGUACAUUUGUUCAACACUAAUAGUUAGCAACUGUCACUUUGCACACCUUUCCAACUUUUUUUUAACGUCUGGUGUAGCUAUUCACUUUUUAUGGUAUAAUACAAAUAGAAAUUAAUCCCUCUGAAUUUCAAAAAUCCUUCACUGCUGCUCUUCUUGUGUGGAGCCUGGUAGUCUGAAUGGUAUCAAAAUGAGUAAGACUACUUUUAACAGCACAGUAGUAUAUCCACAAGAUUUAUAACAGCACAUAAGUAACUUUGUAAACCUCCAGAAGAACAUGGUUAAUCAGUGAACAAAAUGACUUUAAAUCUUAAUCUUCCUUAUCAAAGUUUUUAAACGUGUAACUUUAAGUAAUACCUCUUAGUUUAUAGAGAGCAAAUAAUUUUACAUCAUCUUGCAUACAUUUCACCAUAUAUUGUUGGUGACUUGGGUUACUGUAUAACUACUAAAUCAGAAACCUUUAAACCUUAAACAGCAGCUGCAGUACAGGAUUAGCAAAGUCUAGUAGAGAGUACUUAUCUGUGAUGUAUUUGAUCUAAGUCAAUGUAUUUGUUGUUCAAAGGCUGAUUAUAUACUGCUUUUUGCAUGAUUAUCUUCACAAACUAUGUAUUUAGACUGGUAACUAUGGGGCAGGAUCUGCCACCAAGAUGGUGUUUUCAAAUCUUAUUACACGGUUUAGUUUUUGAAUAGGGGGAGGAGAGGGACGUUUGAACUAACCACAUUAGCAUGAAACCAAAUGCAAGGAGAAAAUACACAUUAUUGGAAAUAUAUAAUGUUAAUCCCAGUUUAUUUUUUUCCCCAUUUCUCAUGUGGUAAGUCACUCACAACUGUAAUGUUUUCACAGAACUGCAGAAAAAUAUUAAAGGAAAACUUAAGUUUUGUUUGGAUACCGGUGAACAUAAUAGAAUAUUGUUGCCUCCUCUAACUGGGAUGCCUUCGCAGGGUUGAGGCACUAGAGGGUGACAUAUUACCAUAAAACCACUGCGAGACUAAAUGUCAGCAUGUCACGUCCACCUCCAAUUUAGCAACGCAGCUUCUCAGCCGCGAAUUAGAAAGCGCUGCCAAGUAGAUUAGUUUAAAAGGUGCAUUUGAUGUGUUAGAGAUUUGUCCCAUGAAGGACUGUGGUACAGAAAGGAAUGUGAUUUGGUGUUUUUUUUCCCCCUCGGGUCCAAUUUCUUCUCGGGUAUCUUAUUUUUAAACGUAAAUGGCCCACGUUAGAGUUUCUCGUUCUUUAUAAUUUAUUAACACGCUGUUAGCAACUGUGACCUUUUAACAGCUUGAGCAAUGGGGUGAAAUAUCGCACCCCGUGCUGCCUUUUGCAGGAGGAGGGACUGUGCGGCUGCGCUGAGACGUUGCUAAACUGCAGCCGCUCCCAGAAGUGCAUUUCUCCGCGGGGCUGGACACAGGCACACCGAGGAGGAAGCCAAAUGGAGGCGUGAACCGUUUUGCGAAAAACUGGUGUGAAGACCCGGCGCAAAAUGUCCCAAUAAAACGCCACUGAAGUUGCUUUUCCUUUGGUAAAUUUCUUUGCAAAGUGCAGGCUUCCUGCUGACGUGGGCAGACUUGCAGCCUCGGAUUUUCAGGGCUUGACAUCCCAGCUUAGAAAGAACCGAAAGAGGAUCAAACGUCUCCACUGCUUUUGUAACCCAUAAAAUGCAGGGAAACUUUUACACGCGCAUCCAUUUUCCCCUUGCAUAUGUUCCAACUGUUAGCAAACGCAAGUAUUGGGAAUGCAGAAUCGUGCUGUUGAACGUGUUUACACAAGCCUGGAUGUCGGAGUCAGGCCAGAUUUAUGAAUGUUGCGGGGGGGGGGAACAAAGGGGGGGGUUACCUGCAGUGUACAGUGUGGUUAAAAACAUCCGCUGUUUCUUGGGGGGGGGGGCGCCUCCCUUUUUGGGCGUUCACUCCUUCUAACCACCACUUCGUCCCCCCGUCCCAGCUGCCGUCCAGACAAGGGCUCUUUAGGAGGGAGGAGCUGCAGAGAUGAGAGCUGCAGGCGAAGGGAUAACUUGGCCGGGCAGUUGCACAGAAAGAGCUGUGACCUGGGAGGGGGAGGGGGACGGGUGCUGCAAAGCAAGGGGCCCCGCCAGGGUUAACUCUUCCCCUCCCGGCCGCGCGGACUCAUACGCCAAGCUCACUGCUUAUUUAUCUUGAGGAGCGCGUAUAUCUUCCGUAGCCCAGGAACCCAUGCAGGCAGUGCGUGUACCCCCUCCCCGGCCGAGGUACGGAGCACGGCACGAUUCCGUCCCUUGCCACUCACCCCUAGCACUGGCUUCCUUCCUCCCUGCUGCACAAGCCAUCAGCGCUCGAGCCUGGGGCCGCUCUGCAGCCAGAGCUCGGCUGCACUUCCCCGGGCGGCGGCCCCCCUCCCUCGUGCACUGCGCCAGGGGAAGGGCACCGAGCGAGUGGCCCAGGCUGCGAGCGCCUGUGUCCCCGUUCCCGCCCUGCGCUGCUGCUGCACAGGGACGGGCGUUGGGGCUCAAGUCAAAGGAGAAGAAAUUGGCUUUGCUAAUCGUAUCACAAGACCUUGACCAGCUGCCAAGUCUCUGUGAUCUACUAGGCCUUAUUGGAAAGCUCCGGGAGACGGGCGCAUGGUGCAGGCGGCGCGGGACUGGGAGGCCCUUUGCUGUGCAGGAGCCGCCUGCCGAGAGGGCAAAUGAUUCUUUCUUUCUUCCCUCCUCUCCCCCGUCCGCCCCUAAAACCCGAUCCCUUUAGCCACCCGCGCUUUGUGUUGCAAAGUAACACACCCUAGAGACCGCCCGCUAGUUACGCGGGCGCAGCAAGCAAGCACCCAAAGUUUGUUUCAAACCAAUUACGUGGCAAAAGUCGAUGUUCGGUGGGGAGGGAGGAAGAGAUGUCCCGUUUCACUCCGAGAUACUCGGAUGCAUCUUCCUUUUUUAUUAAGCUUCCCAGCCUACUCGCCAGUUAAACUGAGAGGAAAGCCCUUUCCGACACGUGCUGGUUGAAAAGUCCUAGUCAGGGAGAUGGUAGCGUGAAUGUCUUUUGCAAUAAAAGGGACACUGAUUUUCCCGAGGCAUUUUAAAAGAAAAUCGGGAGUUUAAUAUCAACUGAGCAGAACCUCCUAUAUUCGUCUGCAGAGUGUUUUUGCGUCAAUAACUCCUACAUGUUAGCGUGGUUUCUAGGUAGUAAGUUCUGUAACAUGUCUUACUUUUGAGUGCUUUCUAUGCAUUUUGUAACAAACCUAUAUGCACUGUGCAUUCGCUAAGUGCCUUCUGCAUUUCCAUAGCAAAUAGCCAUGUAUAGGACCAUGCUUUCUAUAUACAUGUAUACGGUGCAAACUGUAGCAAGCCUUGUAUGUUUUCUCUACACUAAUCUGUAGCAGUUUGUAUAUACUGCACAGUGUUAACUAAUACGAGUGUAUACACAGUGCACCCUGUGUAUAGUGGACUGCCUGCUACUCGCAGUGCAUUGUAAAGCAAGCCUUGUAGAACGCUUUCUAUACUUUCCACGCUAUAACCCCAUGCCUAGCAGAGUCACAAGACUGUAUAGUACAAUCGUGCAGCCAAUGGCUCACCGCAACCCCGACUGGGCAUGACGUUAGCCGUACAGCCGACGGCUACCCCGCCCGCCGCGCUUUCUCUGCCGCUCAGCGCCACAGCACCUCCCUGCACUCCGGGCCCCUGAAAGAAAUUGGCGGCGCCCAAUGAGAAGCAGCGGAGCUGCUGAGCAGGGGGCAGGGCUGGGUGAGAACGACUGGGCGGUGUUGCUGGGAGACCCCGGCGGGCCCGGCUGGGUCCCGCCCCUUGCACUGUCCGGCGUUUAUAUAUGUGCCGAGAAGAGACUUGCAGAGUUCCAGCAGUCAGCUCGCUGCAGCAGUAGUCACCGCCUUCGCCGGGCACCCACUAACCCACCCCUGCUGGGAAAGUGAUUUGACCAUUUCGGAUCUCAAGUAAUCAGCCCUUUCCUAUCUAGUCGUGGCUUUUCCAAAGCCUCCGAGGAAAGCGGGAUCUUUCGGUCCUUCCUGUAUUUCCGAUCACUACAGGAUCUCGAAAUGUCUACGACACUUUUAUCUGCCUUCUACGACAUCGACUUCUUGUGCAAGAGUGAAAAAGCCCUGACCAACCUGAGCAGCAUGCUGGACAAGAAGGCGGUGGGGACCCCUGUGACCUCCCCUAGCUCCAGCUUCGCGCCGGGGUUUCUGCGAAGGCACUCGACCAGCAACCUGCAGGCGCUGGCCAACAGCUCCAAGUUCCCCAGCUCCUCGGGCUCCAGCUCGUCGUCCUCGUCCUCCUCUUCCUCGUUCGGCAGCCUGAAGGAGACGGGCACGGGCGGAGGGAGCAGCAGCCCCACCGCGCUGCUCAACAAGGAGAACAAGUUCCGGGACCGCUCGUUCAGCGAGAAUGGCGAGCGCAGCCAGCACCUGAUGCAGCAGCUGCAGCAGCAGGCGGGGAAGGGGGGCGGCGGGGCGCCCAUCAACUCCACGCGCUACAAGACGGAGCUGUGCCGGCCCUUCGAGGAGAGCGGCGCCUGCAAGUACGGCGAGAAGUGCCAGUUCGCGCACGGCUUCCACGAGCUGCGCAGCCUGACGCGCCACCCCAAGUACAAGACCGAGCUGUGCCGCACCUUCCACACCAUCGGCUUCUGCCCCUACGGCCCGCGCUGCCACUUCAUCCACAACGCGGACGAGCGCCGCCCCGCGCCGAGGGGAACGGCCCGCCGCCCGCCCGCACCACCACCCCCACCCGCGCCUCACCCCGGCAGCACCGGUGACCUGCGCGCCUCGCCGCCCCGGGACCCCCCGGGCGGCGGCGCGUUCGGGCCCCAGCGCGGCGCUGGCGAGCGGCCAAGCUGCACACACGAAUUCUCCGGCUUCUCCGCCCACCACAGCAUGGCUUGCGGCAGCAGCCCGGCGCGCCUGGGCGCGCUGCUCGAGAGUCCCGGCGGGUCCCACCCCCGCCGCCGCCUCCGCCUCCUCUGCGACGAGCUGUCUCGCCGCCUCUGCCAACAACGCCUCGCUCUCUCGCGGCCAGAGCUGGGCACCUCAUCGCGCGCUCGCAUCCACACCCAGCUCGCUGCCAGCCCGCCGCGCCGCCGCCGCGGUAGCUGCCGCGACCUUAGCCGCUGCCAGCAGCAGCCGCCGCCGCCCGGGGGAGUUGCGCCGCCGCCCGCCUCGCCUCCCUGCUUCAGCCCUGCCCGGCUCCUCCGAUCCCGUCUUCACCGCCGCCACCCCGACUCGCUCUCAAGACCGGGCGAGAGCUCUGACGGCCUCCCUCACUCCGGCAGCCUGAGCGGCUCCGAUCCCCACAGCUGGACCGGCCGGCGCCUGCCCCAUCUUCAGCCCCCUCCACUCCGACGACUAGGGAGCGUCCGAGACUAG